AUGGGAUUUUAUGAUAAAAAAAUAAUAUUAAUUUUGAUAAUAAAUAAAAAUAAAAUUAAUUUUGAGGAAUCUCCUUUGGAUUUAUCUUUCAAAAAGGAAGAACUUCCCGAUCUUGAACAUAACAAUUUUGACUUUGAAGGGAAUCAACAAGAAUUUGAAAGAGAUGAAACGAAAGAUGAAAUACCAGAAAUAAUUAAAAAUAACCGUCGAAGGAAGUUAAGCUUUGGAAAUGAAGUUAAGAAAAAAUGUUUAAAUGGAGGGGAAUUGGAUAAUAAAAGUUUUGGUAAUCAAAAUGAAAUAAAAAUUAAAAAGGAGCCAAAAGAAAGUAAUAUUUAUUCCCCAACUUCAUUUUCACCAAAUUAUUUUUCAACUACGAGAAGUGAUUUGUCUAAUAUUUCACCUUCCUCUUCUUCCUUUUCUCAAUGUUGUAGUGGAUCUGCAUCCUCCUCCCCUAUAAUAAAUAAUCAUUUUAUUGGGAAUGAUAAUUGUUCAAUAAAAUCAUCUUCCUCUAUUUGGCCCACAAAUAAUGGAAAAACAACCCCCACAAUUUCAUCUACUUUACUUUCAAUAAUUGGAAAUGGACAGAAAAAUAUUUUAAAUGAAUGGCAAAGAGUAUUAGAGUAUCCAAAUCAACAUUUCUCUGAACCUUCAUCUCCAAAUCACCCAGAAGAUAAAAAAGAAAAAUCUUAUCAACAAAUUUCUGAACAUUUUGACAAUACUAAAAAUGAAAAUUCUUCUGAAGAAAUUAUUCAAACAACAAAAAAUGGAAAUUUUAAUAAAAAUUCUUUUGGCCCCUCACCUGCAAAGAUACGCCGUUUAAAUCAAAAUGAACAUCAAAAUAGUCAAAGGGAUGAAAUUACUGGACUUUAUAUUUGUGAUAUUUGUGAUAAAACUUUUAAUAAACAAAGCUCUUUAGCAAGGCACAAAUAUGAACAUUCUGGCCAAAGACCUCAUAAAUGUGAACAUUGUGAAAAAGCUUUUAAACAUAAACAUCAUCUUACAGAACAUAAUCGCUUACACAGUGGAGAAAAACCUUUUCAAUGUAAUAAAUGUAUGAAACGUUUUUCUCAUUCUGGUUCUUAUUCGCAACAUAUGAACCAUCGAUAUGCUUAUUGUAAACCUUUUAUGAACAAAAAUGGAUUAAUUAAAAAUUCUAGUGAAUUAAUUGAAAAUGAAAUUGAGAAAAUAAAUGAUGGAAAAGAAAUUAAUUUGAUAGAAAUAUCUAAAGAUGAAACAGAAAAAUAA